AUGGCCUCAGACCCUCAGCUAGUGACGAUCGAUCCCAACGGCGACACCGUGAUCAUCUUGGAAAACCCAGAGACCUGUCUACUGGAUCCGACACUAGGACAACAGCUGGAAGUGAAAGACGAUACCGAUUCUGACAUCGAUUCCAACAGCGACGAGUCUAUCGCUUACGACGCGACUGAACACGCAUCUCACGACGUCGCCGCAAACGAAAGCGAGUCCCAGCCUGCAGUCAAAUUCCUCGUAUCGUCGCGCCAGUUGCGCAUCGUGUCGUCCUACUUUGACAGCAUAUUCAAAGGUGGCUACAACGAGACAUUGCCGAACCCCGACGACGGUCUGUAUCACAUCAAAGCAGAAGGCUGGGAUGCGGAGGCUAUGGAGGUCAUCAUGGACAUUGUCCACGUUCAGGUCAAGCGGAUACCCGAAUACGUCUCGUUGGAGCUCUUUGUCAAGAUUCUUGUUCUUGUCGAUUACUACCACAUGCAAGACGCGAUUGCUUCUCAUGCAACGCUGUGGAUGUCGCAGACCAUAGGGUCCGACAGGCCUACAAGCUAUAGCGCGAAAGCGGUCUAUUGGCUUUUCUUGGCUAUUCGAAUGGGGGAUCGCACACUGUCCAGGAACAUGGCGCGCGUCAUUAUUACGACUGCAUCCCGCCCGAUUACAUUCCAGGGUCUUCCCUUUCCGCCGGAACUCGAGGGUAGGAAAGCUCCAUUCUACGGACAGACUCAUGCUAAUCCAACCGAUAGAUGA